AUGCACGAAGGGGAGGAAGCAAAUUCAGAAGAAAACAAAAAAGUUAAUAUAAAGUCUAUUCAUUUUAUAUUAAAGAAAUCGGAGGAGUUGGAAAAGGAUCAUUUAUUAGUUUCCUUUCUCUGUACACUUUACAUUGCCGAGCAAUUAAAUAAUUACCUCAAAAAUAAUUAUGGCGAUACAGAAGCGAAAAACAUUAUGAUAAAAUGCAUAGAUAAAGCUGAACAAAUCAGGCCAUUAUUUGACUCGGUAGACUACAAUAAGUUAGCUGAUUUUUGCAAAAAGUUAUUCUUAGCAGCUGAUAAAUGCGAUAGAAAUGAGGAGAUGACAAAAAGAACAAUGCACAUGUUUUUCACUUCGCAAAUAUUUUAUGAAAUACUUAAUCACUUUAGACAACUAGAUGAUGAUGAAAAAGAAAAAUACAUGUAUGCUAAAUAUAAGACCAUAUACUUAAAAAAGUGUUUUGACAAAGAUAUAAAACCCGAGUCAGGCUUACCAGUGGAACAAAAGGGAGAAACUUCGCUUUCAGCAGAGUCCGAUGGAGAGAUCAGGAAAGAGGGAAAAGAAAUGAACGAAAAAUCGGCCCAUAAUGAAACAAUAAAUGAAAAAAUUAUCAUAAAAAAUGAUAACCACAAUAAUUAUUUUGAGGAUAUUAAGGAACUUGAAUUGGAUAAGUGCAAAAAAGUAGAAAAAAAUGUGGAUUUUGCCUUAAGUUUAAGGCACGCCCAAUAUGCCGUAAAUGCCAUAAUGUUUGAAGAUUUGACCACAGCAAAACGAGAAUUACAACUUGCCCUCUCAUACCUGGAAUAG